AUGUCAAGAACACAUUUCUCUAUCACUUGCUUCCUCUACCUCUUCGUCCUCAUCACAGUCACAGCAGCUGUCCCCCCUCCGAUCAGCCUCCUCAGCCCUCGCCAACAACAAAGCAAUGCCACUCAGCCCAUCUGCAGCGAAUAUUCGACGAUCGCAAACCUCUCCAUUGUCGGAUCCAACUCGACAUAUCGAGCCGCAUAUCUCCAGGCUUCGCCGGAAGGCUAUGACCCGGCCAGUGCUCCUCUCGACUCCGCAAUCCCCAAGCUGCCCAGUUUUCAAUUCAAUGCCAGCAUUAACGCAGAGUGUGGCAAUCUGACCGAGGUGGCGAUCAAGGGCGCCGCGACAAAUUUUACGCAAGGCGUGGUAUUGCAGUUCAACAUCAACUCAGCGGUGCAGUUAAAAGCAGCUUCACUGGGAAUGGCGGUGAUUAUGGCCAUAGUUGUUGUCAUGGUCGUCGAUAUAUUAUAG